AAAAAGGCAAAGCUUUGGCUCCAAAACAAAAAUGGCGAUGAUGAAGAUUCCAAACGAAUACGCAAAGCUAGAGAAAGAAGACCCUAGUGAGAUGAUCCACAGGAGAGCUCAGUUUCUGAUCCAAAAGAUUCUCAAACAAUCCGACACAGAGACAUUGAGACGGCAACAGAAGAGAACUAUCUUGAUCAGAACGUCUUCGUUUAGAGUGGUGGGAAUGAGAAAGAAGAUUGGGAAGAAGCUUAGGAAGCUAAGGAGGACUUGUGUAAUGGCGAAUAGAUAUAGUGAUCUUAUGCCACGUUUCUUUAAAUCUCUUAGGCGUUAUUUCUUAUGUUCCUCUUCUCGGAACGUCUCUGAUCUUCCUCCUCUCUUUGCCAUCCACGUUUGAAUGUUUUCUUUCAGCACUAUAUUUUAUUUUUCCUAUCAUAUUACAUGCAUACAG